AUGAUCCGACGACAAUGAUUGGGUCACUUAAAUAUAGGGUCGUACGGUGAGCCCUCUAAUUGGUCAAAUACGGAUCCUCGUGUUUAGCGUGAACCAAUCCACACUCAAGGUUGUGGUUCAUUUGCCGUCACCGUGUUUCAAGCUGUUAAACAAGACCCGAUAGCCAGCCUAAGUUGUAUUUGAUAAUAGACUUUGUUUAAUUAUCUGCGCGGCGGUUAUCUGUCGAUUUGUAUGAACUUAUGAAUAUGCCAAAAAACGAUAAACAAAACCUUGCUAUGGUCACCUGCACGGCACCAGUAAACAUCGCUGUCAUCAAAUACUGGGGGAAACGUGAUGAAGAUCUCAUUCUGCCAAUCAAUUCAUCCCUCAGCGUAACAUUGCAUCAGGACCAGCUGAGAACAAUCACAACAGCUGCCUGCAGCAGAAGUUUCCAGCAAGACCGCAUCUGGUUAAAUGGCAAAGAAGAAGAUAUCAGCAACCCCAGGCUGCAGUCAUGUCUGCAGGAGAUUCGAAGGUUUGCUCGCAAGAGACGAAAUACUGGUGAUUCCACUUCUGACGUCAGCUGUGUGUCACACAAGGUCCAUAUUUGCUCUGUGAAUAAUUUUCCAACUGCUGCUGGCCUGGCAUCAUCUGCAUCUGGCUACGCCUGUCUGGUGUACACGCUGUCACAAUUGUUUGGAGUGGAGAGCGAGCAGCUGUCUGCAGUUGCACGACAGGGCUCUGGCAGUGCAUGCAGGAGUUUGUAUGGUGGCUUUGUCCAGUGGAAAUUGGGGCAGCGGUCGGACGGGAAAGACAGUCUCGCUGAACAAGUGGAAUGUGAGUCGUACUGGCCAGAGCUCCGAAUAUUGAUCCUAGUGGUGAGCGCCGAACAGAAGUCAGUCGGGAGCACAUCUGGAAUGCAUACAAGCGUGGAGACGAGCAAACUUCUGAAGUACCGGGCAGAUGUUGUAGUCCCCACUCGUAUGGAGGAGAUGAUCAGGGUUAUACGACAACGAGAUUUCCCAGCAUUUGGUGAGCUGACCAUGAAAGACAGUAAUCAGUUUCAUGCCAUCUGUCUGGACACCUACCCACCCAUAUUCUACCUAAACAACAUAUCGCACCAGAUCAUCAGCCUAGUGCACCGCUACAACCAGUACUAUGGGGAGACAAGGGUGGCAUAUACAUUUGAUGCCGGUCCUAAUGCUGUCAUUUACACGUUGCCAGACCACUUACCAGAGUUUGUACAGCUGGUCUGUCAUUUCUUUCCCCCAGACGUCAGCGGAGAAGAGUUUGUCAGAGGUCUUCCUGUGCGCUCAGCUAACCUUUCUGAGGAGCUAAAGAGAGACAUUAACAUGGAUCCCAUGCCUAAGGGUAUACGCUAUAUAAUCAGCACUGAGGCUGGUCCCGGGCCAUGUGUGGUAAAGGAUCCAAACCAUCAUUUGUUGGGAGCUGAUGGACUGCCCAAGAAGAGCGCUAUUUCAGAUGAACCCUAAAGACCCCUAUAGCUAAAGAAAUUGUUUUGCAUCAUUAAAGAUACUUUUUAAAUAUAUAUUAAUAUAAAUUAAUGGAAAAGUGUGAAUUUACUCUGAUUAAAAUUGUGAUUUAUAUGAUAA